UGUGACAUCAUUCAGGACAAAGCGCCCGAAUGAAUAUAGGAGUGGUUUACUUACCUCUGGAGCCAAACACAGCUAACAAAUUGAACCACCGCUAGGCUACUUUGAAAUCGCUCAACUUUGAAACUGUUUUUUCACGAUUUUCUUGAGGAUAUACGUGUUUCCUUACAAUCCAAGGAGACAAAAAGGAAUGAAAAUUGUGCCUUAGGACUCCGCGUUUGUGUUGAACAAAUCUACGGAUACGUGUUUACGGAUAGUGUGAAUUCUGUUAUUUUGGCAUGUGCUGAGGUCCUGAGACGCUGAUACUCCUGUUGUCACCAUGCUGCUGUCCCUGCUGCUGUCAUCUCUGCUUGCUGUGCAAACAAUGGCCAAGCUGGAGCUGGUGAUCCCCGAGCUGCCGGUGGUGGCUCUGUUUGGGCGGGACGCGGUCCUGAACUGCUCCUUCUGGGGUGAGCAGGCCUCUGGCAACCUGAGCGAGUUGAGCGUGUUCUGGCAGCUCACCGACACCAAGCGCUCCGUGCACGCCUUCACCGCCGGCGCCGACCAGCUGGCGGACCAGAGCCCGGCCUUCCUCAACCGGACCAGCCUGUUCGGACGGGGCGCGCUGUCCGAGGGCAACGCCUCGCUGCUGCUGCGGAGGGUACGAGUGGACGAUGAGGGCAGCUACACCUGUUUUGUGCGCGUGCAGAACUACGCUUCGGCUGCCAUGCUGCUGCAAGUCGCAGCCCCGUACACCAAACCGAUGGUAACGUUAACGCCGAACUCGAACCUGCGGCCAGGUGACAAGGUGGAGCUGACCUGCAUGGCGUACGGCGGCUACCCGGAGGCCGAGGUGGUGUGGCAGGACGGGGCGGGGCAUAAUCUGACGGACAACUUGACCGUCUCGCAGGUGGCCACUGAGCUGGGGCUGUUCAGUGUACGCAGCGUUCUCACGGUUAUGCUGGAGCCUGACAGCACCUACCACUGCCGCCUCACCAAUGCACUGCUGGGAGACGAUGGUCACGCGUCUGUCACCAUCACAGGUCAGAACAUGGCGUUCCCUCCAGUAGUGUUGGGGGUGACUGUGGGGCUGGCUGUGUGUCUGCUGGUGCUGCUCAUCGCUCUGGCCGCUGUGUGUCGCAAGAAAAUCAAGGAGAGCUGUGAGGAGAUCAGACUAGAGGAAGAAGCCAGAGAGUUGGAAGAAGAGGCAAAAGCAGGGUUGAGAGACGGGAAGCAAGGUGCCCAGGCAGAGGAAGGACAGACUCCGGUUCUGGAGCUUUCGGACCGAGUUGGACUGACGGAGACUCAGUGAGAGACAGCCACCCUCCUCCUCCUCCCCCCGCCUCUCUUUCCCUCCUGCAGUUCCAAAGGGGAGGCCUCCAAUCACCUUUUUUUCUUUUUUUAAGACUGCUUCAUCCAAAGUUUUAAUAGUGUCAUCAACAAGUAACCAGACUGUGGCAAAUCCCAUCUCCUUCUCUCUCUUCGUCUCUCUCUCACUCAGUCUCUCAAAGACACGCACGCAUGCACGCGAACACACACACACACACACACACACACACACACACACACACACA